GGCGGACGCGGAGCGGCCCGGGCGGGGGACGCGCGCCGGGGAGACGGGCCCCGCAGCGGCCGCAGGAUGGCUGAGGCCAUCGGCUGUACUCUGAACUGCAGUUGCCAAAGUUUCAAGCCUGGGAAGAUAAACCACCGGCAGUGCGAGCAGUGCAGGCACGGAUGGGUGGCUCACGCCCUCAGUAAGCUGAGGAUCCCCCCUGUGUAUCCAACAAGCCAAGUGGAAAUUGUCCAGUCCAGUGUGGUGUUCGAUAUCAGCAGCCUCAUGCUCUACGGGACCCAGGCCAUUCCCGUUCGCCUGAAAAUCCUGCUGGACCGGCUCUUCAGUGUGCUGAAGCAGGACGAGGUCCUACAGAUCCUCCACGCCUUGGACUGGACCCUUCAGGAUUACAUCCGUGGCUAUGUGCUACAGGAUGCCUCAGGGAAGGUGUUGGAUCACUGGAGCAUCAUGACCAGUGAGGAGGAAGUGGCUACCUUGCAGCAGUUCCUUCGUUUUGGAGAGACCAAGUCCAUAGUUGAGCUCAUGGCAAUCCAAGAGAAAGAAGAGCAGUCCAUCAUCAUCCCACCCUCCACGGCAAACGUGGACAUCAGGGCCUUCAUCGAGAGCUGCAGCCAUCGGAGUGCUAACCUCCCCACUCCAGUGGACAAAGGAAACCCCAGCAACAUGCACCCCUUUGAGAACCUUAUAAGCAACAUGACUUUCAUGUUGCCUUUCCAGUUCUUCAACCCUCUGCCUCCUGCUCUGAUAGGGUCACUGCCUGAGCAAUAUAUGCUAGAGCAGGGUCAGGACCAGAGCCAGGACCCCAAACAGGAGCUCCACGGGCCCUUCUCCGACAGUAGCUUCUUAACUUCCACACCAUUUCAGGUUGAAAAAGAACAGUGUCUGAACUGUCCAGAGGCUGUCACCCAAAAGGAAGACGGUGCGCACUUAAGUGACUCCAGCUCCUACAGCAUCGCCACCAAGCUGGAAAGGACACAGCUGUCCCCUGAGGCCAAAGGGAAGCCUGAGAGGACCAGCCUCGGAGCGAAGAAGGGCCGGGUGUUCUGCACCGCGUGCGAGAAGACGUUCUACGACAAGGGUACCCUCAAGAUCCACUACAACGCCGUCCACCUGAAGAUCAAGCACAAGUGCACCAUCGAAGGCUGCAACAUGGUGUUCAGCUCCCUGAGGAGCCGGAACCGGCACAGCGCCAACCCCAACCCUCGCCUGCACAUGCCGAUGAACAGAAACAACCGGGACAAAGACCUCAGGAACAGCCUGAACCUGCCAAGCUCGGGGACCUAUAAGCGCCCGGGCUUCACGGUGGUGUCUCCGGACUGUGGGCCCCUCCCAGCCUAUGCCGGCUCUGUGGAGGACUCCAAAGGCCAACCAGCUUUUUCCAGCAUUGGGCAAAACGGUGUCCUUUUCCCUAACCUAAAGACUAUCCAGCCAGUCCUUCCUUUCUACCGCAGUCCAGCUACUCCCGCUGAGCUGGCAAACACACCUGGCAUGCUGCCUUCUCUCCCUCUGUUGUCCUCUUCAAUCCCAGAACAGUUGGCUUCCACGGAAAUGCCAUUUGAUGCUCUUCCCAAGAAGAAAUCCCGGAAGUCCAGUAUGCCUAUCAAAAUAGAGAAAGAAGCUGUGGAGAUAGCUGAUGAGAAGAGACACAGACUCAGCUCAGAUGAUGACACUCCCCUGCAGGUAGUCAGUGAAGAUGAGCCGGAGGACAACAGCCCUCAGUCAGACAUGGUACCCGAGGAGCAGCAUACCAAGCUAAGCCCAGAGAAGCCUCCCCCACAGGGGGAAAGACCGUGCCAUCUUGAAUCUGUGAUUGAGUCUCACAGAGCUGUCAGCAGAACCCUUGAGCAGACUACACACACAGAGAGGGAGGCUGAGCAGAAGUUAGCAUUGACCUCAGCGAUGCCAAGAGAGGUGGAGGAUGGUGGCCAUGAGCGCCACUGCACACCUGGUCUGGGGCCCCAAAUCCCUUUUCCUGACUACAUGGAAUGGCAGCAGCGCCUACUGGCUGGGGGCCUCUUCAGUGCUUUGUCCAAUAGGGGGAUGGCUUUUCCUUUCCUGGAAGAGUCUAAGGAAUUAGAACAGCUGGGGGAGCAUGCUCUAGUGAGACAGAAGGAAGAGAACCACUUCCAGUGUGACAUCUGCAAGAAGACCUUUAAAAACGCCUGCAGCGUGAAGACACACCAUAAGAACGCACACGCCAAAGACACACACACGUGCACGGUGGAGGGGUGUGGUGCCGCCUUCCCAUCCCGGAGAAGCAGAGACAGACACAGCGCAAACCUCAGCCUCCACCAGAAAGUACUGAGUGAAGAAGCAUUGGAGAGUGGUGAGGACCACUUCCGUGCAGCUUACCUUCUGCAGGAUGUGGCCAAGGAGGCCUAUCCGGAUGUGGCUUUCACACCACAAGCGUCGCAGACAUCUGUCAUCUUCAAGGGAACGAGUGGCAUGGGCAGCCUGGUUUACCCAAUAUCUCAAGUUCACAGUGCCAGCCUGGAGAGCUACAACUCCGGUCCCCCUAGCGAGGGCACCAUCCUGGAUUUGAGCACUACCUCAAGUAUGAAGUCAGAGAGCAGCAGUCACUCCUCCUGGGACUCUGAUGGGGUGAGCGAGGAGGGUGCUGCCCUUCUGGAGGACAGUGAUGGGAACCUUGAAGGACAGAGCCUUGUCUCUGGGGAAGACGAGUACCCCAUCUGUGUCCUGAUGGAGAAGGCUGACCAGAGCCUUGCUGGUCUGCCCUCUGGCUUGCCCAUAACCUGUCAUCUCUGCCAAAAGACAUACAGUAACAAAGGGACCUUCAGGGCCCAUUACAAGACCGUGCACCUCCGCCAGCUCCACAAGUGCAAAGUGCCGGGCUGCAACACCAUGUUCUCCUCUGUCCGCAGCAGGAACAGGCACAGCCAGAACCCCAACCUUCACAAGAGCCUGGCCUCGUCUCCCAGCCACCUCCAGUAGGGACGAGCCGAAGGACCCUGACAGAUGUUUGCCGUAUUUCAGGAAUAAAACAAUCCAAAGAGUAAGGUGGUCGGACUGCUUAGUACCGUUUCCCAAAAGCCAGGCAAGGGGUGUGGCCGUGCGGUCCCUCAGCAAGGCAAGCACAAGGCCAGCCUGCGUGUCACUGACAUGGGGUAGCCCCCCCAUUAGUCUUCUUCUCAGCCCCAAGGUUUUCCGCUGACACAAGGAAAACACAGAAAGGCAGUGUCCCCCGGAUUUGUUUACAUGUUUCCUAGGAGACCUGGGGAAGCAGGGGUGAGGGACGAGGUCCCAUGAGGCCUGCGGGAUUAAGGGGAUCAGGGAAGACUGCUCCUGGAAUACAGCACAGCCCCCAUGGGCAUGACACAGGUCCCGAAGGUGGCGGUCACAGGACCCCAUCCCCCCCCCUUUUUUUUUUUUUUGGAUGAACCCAAAAACCCAGACUUGAGUUUAGGGAAAUGACGUUCAGAGACCAUCCCUCCAUGGUACUUGAUAACUGCUCCCUCACAGUCUCCUGUGUCAUUCCGGGGAGUUCUCCAAGGAAGCUGGUUGGCCCCUAAUGUGUUCCUGGUCAAUCCUUCUUGAUCUGUAACAUGCAUUUAAGAAGCGGGAGGGAAAACAUUUCAUGCACUUAAGAGUGGCGGUCUUCAGUUUAAUUUAAAGUUAUUUUGAUAAUAUUUAACUUGUGUUUAUAUUAUGGUGAUUAUUUGGUACGAGUGCAGGCAUGUCCACAUCACCCCGAAUCUCUGUUCAGAAUUGGAACAAGUGGCAGCUUACGCUUCAGAACCUCAGCCUGGGUUCAGGUGUCAGCGGCAGGGUCUGCUGACCCCUGUGGAGCGAGGGUAAGCACGAUCCCGCCCCGCUGCUCAGCAAGCCUGGCUCCGAGAGCUGCUGUGUGUCUUGGGUAUCACUGGGUCCCUCAGUCUUCACCCAUCGGCAGGCAAAUGGAUAAGGUUAGGAUGAACUUGCUGAUUUAUUUGGCAGAAAGCAAAGUAGGAGCCUUACUGCCACGCUCUGUGUUUUAAUAUUUAACUUAUUCCGAGGUCUAUCCCACACUGUUGUACAUUUGCCACGCUAGCAAGGAUGAGUAGUCAGCCCUGUAAAAUGAGACCGGCUCUUGGAAAUUCAGCAUUUGCAAUAGUCUACAGGGCUGUGCAGCUUUAAAAGAAGUGGAUUUUGUAUUCAGAGUUCAGGUUAACUGUUUGGCUCAUGUUGACUUAAUUUAAAAAAAUCCUUAAAGGAGAUUGAUGGUUAUAAGAGAUAUUAUUUCCCUGGCUUAAAGAUAGAAAAAGCCAAUGUGUUAGCAAUUAUUUCAACUUCAAAAAAAAAAAAUACUUAAAAGUUGUCUCUGCUUAAGGAGAGAUGUAUCUUUCAAGCUUUUUUGUUCCCGAGAUGUUUAACAUUCUAGUUUCCCCAAAAUGGAAAAAUUUGUAUGCAGAUGUUUUCUAUGAUUUAAU